AUCAUCAAAAUAAUAAUUCCGAUCUUAGUUCCGAUCUUAGUUCCGAACUUAAUUCUGAACUUAAUUCCAACCCAUAUCAAAGUAGAUUGUUGAAAGCCAGCAUUACUACACAAAUACAUGCCCCAAGCGUAAGUUUUACUGUAAAGCUUAAAAAAGGUGUACCUUAA